AUGGCUAUAGAAACGCGUGCUCGACCCUUUCGGGACCAACAUAAGGCUGUUUGGUUUUGUAAUAUUGAGACCGUCGAAUGUCGUGAUGAGUUAAACUCAUUCGUGAUAAGCCACAAGACCAAGAAAUCAUCUGACAAAAUUACGUAUCAGGUGUGCCGUAAUUACUCAACAAACACAGUUGAAUGCGAUUGCAACCUAUUCACGCAUAACGGGUAUCUUUGUCGUCAAGCAUUCAAGGUACUGAUAAACGACGAAGUUGAAUCCAUUCUGGAAAAAUACGUAUUACGUCGUUGGAAACAACAGUUAGUUCCAGUGCAGAUACAAUCCGCAAGAGUGCGUUAUGGUGAGCUUGAUGCCGAAAAAGAGGAGUGUAUAAUUGAUGUAUAUUCCAAAGUCGACGACAUAGUAAGCAUCACACGUAAUAAUAAAUCUAUAUUAGCUAGACUGGGGCGUAACCUCGAUAAAUUCAUGGGUGAUAUAGAGAAGGAAGUUACAUACGAAGACCCAUCACAUAAAAAGCUGGAUGCGAUUAGAGAUCAUCUAGGUGUCUCCAUACCUGAUGAGGUGGACAUCCUACCACCGUCUGGAAUAAGGAACAAGGGUUGUGGCACUGGCAAGAGGAUGGAUCGUUUCCGUUGCUUAGUUGUUGCUGUCUGA